AUGCAUGUUUCUUUUUCUUUAUCUUACUUUAUAUCUUCUUCUGUUCAUUCAGCCUUUUCAAUCUUUCCUUUCUUUUUUCCUCUCAUUUAUUCAAUUAUUCUUCUUACUAUCUUAUUAUAUGCUUUCUCUAUCUAUUUCAUUCUUCUCCAAAGUAAAUCUUUUCUUUUCUUUUCCUCCCCUUCUGAACUUAACUUUCACCUUAACGCAAUCUCCCGCUAUCCCCCUCUCUCAUUUUUUAUUGCAUAUCUCCUCCAUCUCUCAGAAAUUGUAAAAUUACUUAGCUCUCGCCACUCCUCAUUCUCUCCUCCUACCCCGUUCCCGAAAUGCCUCCUACCAUCUCCCUCGCCAACCUUGAUUAACAAAACUGAAUCUGUGCAGAUAAGGAUGCUAAUCACUGAUCCUCCAUCCCUGCUGUUGCUGUUGGAGGCUUUGCUGGGGUACAGCAUUGUUUUUGCAGCAACUACGGCCACCGCCAACGCUGUUGCCACAUCAACUACGGCUACGGCGGUUGUGCCGGUCAGCCAGAGCCAAUGUGGUGAGCACUCCCAGCCUAGGAUGCUAGACAUUGGUGGCCGGCAACAGUUGCAACAGACUUACUCAACAGGGCGGUCCUAUUCAGAGCGGGAUGAACCACUAUCAACUAAUAUCAAGUGUUCACAGGGACCUAACAGAAAAGAUGCUACUCCUGCAGUUACCACAUCAUUCUCUGACUCUCUUUCGCGGCCACGAUGCCUGGCACAGUCUAAAAACUCAAAACAAACCCCUCUUUUUUCGUCAAAAGAACAGCAACUGCUGGAGCAACAGUUGUAUUCACUGCCAGAACGGGUGCCAACUUUUCCGCUGCAGCAACAGCAGCAUUACCAAUUCCCAGCUGCUUCAUCUUCAGGGCAUUAUAAUGCAGCCUCAGUUGAUGGGGAGGCUAACAGUCAAGGUAACCCUAAUGGUAGAAGUUGCAGCAGUGAGGUUACUGAUAGUGCUAGUGAUUUGGGUGGGGCCAACCGGUACAUGAUAGCCUUCAUUACCAACAAAUUAAAGAUGCAAGGACUGAUAGAUGAUGCCAUCGCCCCAGUAGCAAAUCCUCCAGGUUACGUCCAUACAAUGAAGGAUUCUCAAAUCUGCAAUGUGUCUGUCUCUGCACCUUCAUCCCAGAUAUAUCCAUCCUCACCACAGAAAAUGCCAGCAACUAUAACCGGUGGAGGUUCGGAUACAUGGUCAAGCAAUUCAGGUCAAGGGUCUGACUUGCAAGCCACUGUGCAAGGACUUCUAGGUCUUCGACUGGGAGAUAAACCAGAUCAGUCUGUUGCAGUCUCACCCCACCAUCUUGUCACUUCCAGUAGCAAUGAUACAAAUCGAUUGGUUUAUUCUGGGUUGAUUGUUCCAGCCUCAGUAUCAUUGUCAUCCACUUCAUCACCCUGUUGCAAUGUCCAAACAGAGAACUUUGCAUCAGACAAACUAAAUGAAUCUGGUGUAACAUCAGUCAUUGGUAUGGUUCCAUGUAGUGAUACAGACAGUUUUACGGAUAUGUCACCUGGCACACCACCAGACCCACCAAAAAAGAAACACUGCCGGUCACUUUCCAUACCAUCUGGCAGUAGCGGCAGCCGGCCUAAGAGGUCAACAGGAGGACUGAACACAGACCAUUUUAAAACAACAGAUUCCAGCCGCUGUUGUACGUCUUUAUGGAAACCUAUUGCAUUUACACCUGUGAAUGAGACCAGUAACCCUCCAAAAGUUCAGCAGCAACAGCCAUUUCUACACUACUCAGGGCAAGGAACCUCACUUGACGUCCAAAAGACAAGUCCAUUUUCCUUGUCAACGUCUUCACUCUCUCCAAACACAAGCAUGUCUGCUUCACUGACGUCCCUUCUACAGCCCACAUCUUUUGGGGAUCUGUUUUCGUCAGCUCGACUAUCUGGACCUGUCUCUACUAACCAAAAUGGAUCUCUCCCAUUGGCAGCUUUGGUCACGACUCCUGCCUCUACUUCUGUUUCCCCUUCACAACUUCAUGUAGCACCAAGCCAAAUGCCAGUUACUAUGUUAACUUCUUCCCCACCACCAUUGGCAUCAAGCAAACCAAGUUCCCAGAUACAAACCCAAUCCUCUAGCUCUCUCCAAAGCCCGCCUGAUUCCCCUGUGCCCAGACCAGCUUCAGUUUCUGUGGUGGGUUGCCGGUGUGAAGAUGAUAGUGAUAGCAGAGCUUUUAAACCUGUAUUGGACCCAUGGCUGUGUAGGAGCCAAAGUCGAGGCAAUUCUGGAUUUUCGUCUCCUUCAUCAUGCUCCUCAUCAUCAUCUUUCCUCUUGGUGCCCCCACAAUCUGAUCCUCGCAUUAACACAGAAAUCCAGAGUGCCACAAUUGGUGGUCUUUUAGCAGCCCCGGUGCCACUGACCCAAACUCCACGCUCUUCUCCAACUUGCAUCCCAUCUUCCUUGUCCUCACCAGCCACUGUUAUCGGUAGCACCAACAGCCAAACACCCUUGCAGCCACCAUACUGGCCGUUCCAGAAGCAUCGUAGCUUUUCGCUUGAGGAGCAACUGUCUCAAAUGGGCUCAACCCCUAGUGUUCCUGUUGCGUGUAAGUCAUCUGUGUCCAAUCCUUCAUCACCACGACGACAACGCAUUCCACGCUGUCGUUCACAGCCCUGCGUUCUGCAUGAUCGCAGAGAGGGAAGGAAACGGCGACGUGACUAUGACAGACCUACAUUGGAUUUUCAUAAAAUGACACAGACUGCAUACAGUGUAUCCCAUCCAGACUCCAGUGCUAAAAGUUGUGUUAAGCAGGAGCAGUGGACUGGAUUGCGGCAACAGAUAGGAGACAAUGCAGGCUUGUGGUCCACAUCCUUGGUGACAACUUCAACUAUAAAUACCCCACGCAUUUCAGCCCUGCAGCCCCCAGGGCCUAUUUCGUUGGAGGUUCUACGCAAAACUGAUUUCCUUGCCAGUGAACAUGGACACCAGACAGUCAACAGAUACAUUCCCUCCGCUAUGGCCAAUUACAAGAAAACCUUGAGUACUGGACCAAGGAAAAAGCCUGGUCCAAAAUUGGAACUUACUGAAGAACAAAAGCAAGAAAUCAAAGAGGCCUUUGAUCUGUUUGAUACAGAUGGUUCUGGUACCAUUGACGCUAAAGAACUAAAGGUGGCUAUGAGGGCGUUAGGAUUUGAGCCAAAGAAAGAAGACAUUAAGUCUAUGAUUGCCCAAGUUGACAAGAAUGGAACAGGGACCAUUGAUUUUAACGAUUUCCUGACCAUUAUGUCUCAGAAGAUGAGUGAUAAAGACACAAAAGAAGAAAUUUUAAAAGCAUUCCGGCUAUUCGAUGAUGAUGAGACUGGAAAGAUAUCUUUUAAGAAUUUGAAAAGGGUUGCCAAAGAGCUGGGUGAGAACCUUACUGAUGAAGAACUGCAGGAGAUGAUUGAUGAAGCUGACCGUGAUAAUGAUGGCGAAGUGAACCAAGAGGAAUUUCUCCGCAUUAUGAAGAAGACAAGCCUCUACUAG